UAUUCAUUCAAUUUUCACUCUCUCUUUCUAUCUCCUCCACCAAGCAGAGGCACCAACUUUUCAUUCAUUCAUUCCAAUCAAUCUUUCUUUUUAUUUUUCAUUCUGAGUCUGUCUGAGAGGUGUGUUUUGUUUUGUCGGGUGAGGAUAUGGCGAAGAAGAGAAAGUCAGUGGCGACGCGCCUCGAUGAAGUGGAUCGGACCAUGUACUCCACCUUCUGCACCACCGCCAACUCCCUCUCUCAUCUCUACACCCACGCCAUGAAUCAACAGAAACUCUCCUUCCAAGCCGGUGAACGCCACGCUCUGGAGAAAAUGUAUCAAUGGAUUGUUAGGCAGCAGCAAGAAGGGUCAAGGGUCACAACGGGUGAUGUAGUUGCUCACUUGCAGAAUGAGCUUGAAUAUGGAGCAGAGGAGCCACCAAUGUCCCCAAGGCAGCCAGUAUAUCAGAACUCCCAGACUACAAUGCCGACUAACUUCGGUGCAUCCAUACCCUCUAAUGCGUUUGGAACUACUGUUGUGGGGCAGGGGAUGCGUGCUGGGCAACUUGAUCAACAACCAAAAAACUCUGUAUUCUCAAAUGCACUCUCUAGUCCCAUCCGGCGGAGCCUUCAGCCCUAUCAUAUGGCACAGGGGAGCUGUCCUUCAAGCAAUCUCAUGUCAUCCGGGAAUGGAGCCCGGAACAGUGAGAUAACUUAUCCUAAUAGCCAGAUCAGAGAUACAAAUUCUUCCAACUCCAGUGAUUGCAUGGACAUGCAUGCAGAGAGUCCUGGUCAUGAUUUUACAUACUGAUGCUAUCAUAGUUAGAAAAUAUAUUACAGUAAAAGCGAAGGUUAUUUCUGAAAUUUAUGGUCAUAAAUGGGUGGUAAAAAAUGUCAAAAUUGAUUGUGGAUGGACUUUAUCAUGUUUCUGUACCAUUGUCGUCCAGUUUGGAGCUUGAACAUUAGUAUGCUUCGUUUGCAGAAGUUCUGAAAAAUUGCUUGCCAUGUCAUAAAUUCUGAAAAAAAUGCUAGUUUUGUUUUAUA